CCCAACUCCAGUCAAGUGAAUCUAUCAACAAUGAAGAUACUUUGCAUUUUUAUGGUCUUUGUCUUCACUGUGUCUUGUGGUCCUGCAGAUCCACAGAAAAAAAUAAGAGAAGCUCUAGUGAGAAAACGAGAAUGUUACCUUGUUCGUGGUUCUUGCAAGACUAAAUGCAACACCUGGGAAUACGUUUAUAAUCACUGUGAUACUGAGCCCUGCUGUGUGGUACGGGAGUACAUAAGACCACAGGAAGUCACAACGAUCAGUACAACAACUCAUAAAAAUGCAAAUUCUCAUUCAAAUAUUUAACAGUAUACUGUAACAUUAUGUUUGACUCUCUGGGAUCAUAAUAUUACUAAUCUUCCAUCAUAGUUAUCUGUUAUUUUACCAUAUUCAAAUAAAUGUAUGCUCAAUUCGGGAAGAUUGCUUAUUAGAAUUAUAAUGACUCUGAGAAAGUUGUAAAAACCGAAGUCCAUCUUUCUUUUACUAAAGGCAUGUCAAUA